AUGGCUGUCUGGGAGACCGAAGACGAGUGCAGCUCGCCUGCCGUCGUGUCGCUACCAACCCCGGCAGAUACCCCUUACAGGACACCAUCGCGGAGUUCGAGGAAGUCCCGGCGCUCCGUGACGCCACCUGGAAAGAGCUCCUCCCCUCCGCCCAUGCCGAGCGACAGGGGCUCAAAGCGGUCAUCCCGAGAUGUGACCAACGAUGAGACUAUCAGCAUCCUCGACCCUCGGCGGUUCACUCCGACUCUCCAUGCGAACUUGGUCUCGGAGAUAUUGGCUCUUCGUCGGGAUCAAGAGGAGAAGAUCAAGAUCAUCGAGAGUCUCGAGUCCUCUCUCCACACAACCAGGGAGGAGUCUGAGAGUCUCCAGGAAACAUUGCUUACAACAGCCAAGGAAAGCCGGUCAUUAAAACGCCAAUUGGCGCUGUUGGAAGGUGGCACGUCAUCCGCCCUUGGAGAGCUCGCCCGAGAACGAGACGAAGCGGUUGAUGGCGCGUCGGAGACCAGGAAGAGGUUGGAGGGAGCCCAGAAGAAAAUACGGAGUCAGGAAGAGGAUUCCGAACGCGUGCAUGACCAGUGGGCGAAAGAGAAGGAUGUGUGGGAGGAUGAGAGGCGGAAGUAUGAGCGCAAGAUUCACAUCACAGAGAGCCGCCUCAAGGUGCUCCUCGACGAGAUCGCUGCCUAUCAGGCCAAUCAGUUGGGCGGAGGACAGGAUGCGCCCGAAAGCGAAGUUGACGAGGGUGCCAGGGAGAACGACGCGGCGAGCACUCGAAGCAUGAGCAUGACAAACAGCAUACGAUUCUCGGUGACCAAUGGGGCCGGGAAGCCGAUCGGGAACUCUCUCGCCGAUGAGCUCAAUUUCGACGGCGACUAUGACGAGGAGACGGAUUACUUUGGGCGUGAGAGUGUGCUGUCCAACAACACCACCAGGCACAUCAGGAAUACAAGCCGCGACAGCGCCAUGUCCAGGACGCACCGACGGAACCAGAGCAUCGAGAGUUUGAUGCGACCAGCCAGCGUCGCGCGGGGCAGGCUCGCACUGCAUCACUCUACGUUGGAGAGACUGGAGGGUGAUAUCAUUCAGGAGGAUGACGAGACGCAGCUUCCCGCGACCAGGGUGACUUAUGCGGAUACCGGCAUCCAGUACUCGCCGCCGCCGUCGCCCAAGCUCGCACCGUCGAAGCCUUCGACUCCAGAGCCUCCGGCCAUCCCUCAGAAGGCACGAGGUUAUGAGAUUGAGAGCCCUCCACGUGGCGAAUGGGAAAUAGAGGCAAACCAGAGGCGGAAGAGGGUUCACAUUGCUCGGCCGCUGACGAUUGAGACGGUGAGCGUGGGCAGUCUCAUGGUCAGCAGCUCAUCUCAGACGGCUGCUGAAGAACCUCUGAGUCCCCCCAAGACACCAAAAUCGCCGUAUCAGGAAACAGCGCCGACGCCGAGGUUGGAACUAUUCCCAACGGUGAUGGUUUCUGCGUCCACACAGACCGACAUUCCCCCACCGUUGGAUCCGUCCUUCUUCGGCGUGCCUGCCAUUUCGAUUCCCAGCAUCAGCAUAAUCCCCCCGACGAGCCGCCCAACAACUCCCAGGGAGCCCCGACUUCCGCAGCAGUUUAAAGAUUUCGGCUGCCAAGUGUCUAUCCUCACCUCUGUUGCGACAGAGACUGUUGCGACCCAGACCGACGAGAUUCGCAUUGAUAAGCGACUCGAUAGGCUCCCGGUUCAUCUCCACCCGUCCUCAAUUACUUCGCGACCAACUUCUCCUGCUGCUCCGCAGGAACCGGCCGCCGACGAAGCCAAGCAGUUCACGCCCGUGCCCGGAAACGUCCCGCCGCGGAACCCGAGACGCCUGGCCGCCAAGUCGAGCUUCCCGGAGUUGCCCUCAUCGCCCCCUGGCCCCACGGCAACACUGGAAGAAACGCAUGAUGCCUACCCGGGCAAUAAUGACGACGGCCCCUUGUCGAGCCAGAAGGCGCCCAUGCGCAGACCGCACCGGAUCAGCAGCCUGUUUGCAGGCUUUGAUAAUGGCAGCUCCGAUGAAGUCGACGAGUUUGGUGACGUCGAGCUCAGCGAUUCCGAGUACAGGACUGCACUAUCCGCGCCGAGGCCCAAAACCGGGGCGACCCGUCAGGGCAAGCGUAGUUCGGGAGGACACACGACCUCACCCGAACAGGUGGUUCCGCCACGCAUCGGCAGCGCGAGGAUUUCGGUGCGGCCCAUGGGCGGCACGGAAAUCUACAGCUCUUAUGUCCUCCCCGAGGGCAGGGAGAUGCGAGACUCGUCGGCGUCGGUGCGACCAGGCACAGGCCCCAAAUCCAUGUCUCGAUCAUCACUCCCGGGCCCAUCCAACAGGUCGGGGGUGAUGCGCAAGGCGGCGAUGAUCCAGAAUAGCAUUGCGACCCAUCAGCGCGCCCGGAGCCCAAGCCUGCCGGAUCCAAAAGAGCCGCCGUUCCCCAUCCCCACGCGUGCCAGUUCAAGGAAGCCACCAAUUAGUGCCAGCGCCCCCAGCGACGGACGAGCAAGCCCCACGAGGGGAUCCGAUGCCUGGCAUAGGAGAGGCGGUAGUCGGAGCCAGUACCGUGCCAACAGCAUCCGGAAAGUCAGGUCGGCAGCGGUCUUGCCGCGGAACCCCAAGUCUCGUCGUCGUGGCAGCCGCUCGCCACCGCCCUUCUCCCCCAUCGAGUCUCCAGCUUCCCCGGAACUCCCCCCUCUUCCAAACAAUGACAUCACGACACCCCGGAACCGGGAUGCCAAUGGCAGGUACAAGACGCAUCAAUCCCAGCCGUCCACAAACACGGCGAACACGGGGGAUACCGGCUUCGGCUCGGCGGGUAGCGGCCACCAGGCCACGAGCGUCGUUGACGCCAUUGCCCAGACCAUGAUCGGAGAGUGGAUGUUCAAGUAUGUCCGAAGACGCAAGUCGUUCGGUGUCGCCGACGGCAAGGGAGGCGAUGACAGCAGUAAUGACCGUCACAAGAGAUGGGUCUGGCUGGCUCCGUACGAGAGGGCUAUUCUGUGGAGCAGCAAGCAGCCAUCUUCAGGAAGUGCCUUGAUGGGCAAGUCGGGGCGCAAGCUGACAAUCCAAUCUGUUCUUGAUGUGAAGGAUGAUAAUCCCCCGCCCAAGGGCUCCGGACCUCUCUUCAACCGGUCCAUUCUCAUCUUGACCCCCCAACGAGCGUUAAAGUUCACCGCUGUCACGCCCGAACGCCAUUACGUCUGGCUCACCUCGCUCUCGUUCCUUGCCCAUUCACAGCAGGCAAUCCCCGAAAUUGUAGCCCCCGUCCUCCAUCCGCCAAAACCCAUGGCCGAAUUCGGGCCACCACCACCGGCGAAGCUCCGAAAGCCUGGGAUCCGUGACUCGAUACGGCUGGCCAAGGGCAAGUCGGCAGUCACCAGGUCGGGCCCAGUCAGUGUUGCGUCGUCCCAAACCGACAGUGUACCACCAAGCAUUCCCACCUAUCGACCACCACUACCGGAACCUUUCCCUAGCCUACCUCUCCAUCAGCGGGAGCCGUCUCGCGAUGCCGCGGAACCUCCCCAUAUCCCGCGUUUCCACGACCGCGCCAGCCAAGUGACGCUACACGGUCGGAAGCGCAGCAACACGGGCGGACACGUGCCUCCCCCGCUCUCCUUCCGUGGUUUCUCUGGGCCGGUAGGCAGCGGAGCCCACCACGCCGCCACCAACAGCACGGCAGGAAACAGUGUCGGUACCGCGGGCUCCUCGGACAUCUACAACAACAGCCAAGCGUCGAGCGGCAACAUCACCUGGGCCAUGAGCACUACGGGGUCGGUGCGGACCUCGGAGGCGUCUUCGCGCCCCAGCGGCGCCGCCAUGAACAACUUCUUCGACGCCAUCGGCACGGUCCGCAUGGAGGCCUUCAUCAGCCCGCUCGCCUUCACGCCGUUCGAGGAGAACAUCUACGAGCAGGAUGACAUGCGGCACCUGGCACGGAGGAGGAGCAAGGAGCUCAGGCGGAGGGCGAGCAGGAGCAGGCACAGAGACAGUUACCACUCGAGGGGAACCAAGGGGACUAAUGGAACCGACGACCUGGAGGAGUGGUACGUGAGAGAUGAUCCUUUCAAGGGAUUCUGA